UUCAGUUCAGAAAAGGAGCUCGCGCUAUAAUUUCUUCAUUCUUCGUUCGGAGCUUCGACAGGUCAACCGUUUGCAAUCAGUUAUUUGUUUUUUUUUUUUGGUUUUUUUUACUCUGAAAAUUCUUCACGGGCACCGUUUUCGAAAUGCAGCUAAACGAUCAUUGGCGAAAGAUCGUAAAGACCCUUAUCUUCGCGUUUCUAUGCACUGAAAUGCAGACGACUUAUACACAUCGAGUUUUGGCUGCGAAGAGAGCAGUUGGCCUAACCGGAGUGGGUGCCAUUGCAACGGCACCCGGAGACGACCGAACCCGACCACAGAUGGCUCCGUACCAGGCCUCCAUACGGCUCUUGGCCGAGGAGCGGGACUACUUCGGCAAAGGACACAUCUGCUCGGGCGCGCUGGUGGCGCCCUCGGUGGUGCUGACCGUCGGUAGCUGUGUUUUCAGCCACGCCAAGCGGAGCGCCUACCAUCCAUCACAGCUAAGAGUUAUGCUCGGAAAUCCCCAGAGAUUUGCCCCCAGAAGGCAAGCCCUAAUGCUUGGAGUGACCCACAUCCACCAGCCGCCCAAGGACCUCACCAUCGCUAUUCUCAUGCUGGAAAAGAAUGUUCCGGCGGAUCAUCCCCUCAUCCAACCAAUUGGUCUACCUUCUUUGGACGUCAGUUCUGGGCUGUACUCGAAAUCGGAAAACGUUUUUCUCGUUAGCACGUGGGGGUAUGAUGGCGAUAUUAGCGAGCUGCACGAUCUGGUCACGUUGAAUGUCACCCGCACAACUUGCGAUCAGCAACCCAAUAAGCCCCCAAAGAUUUGUGUCCGGGCGGAGUCUUCAAGCUCUACUCCUGACCGGAUCUACAUGGAUACAGGUGCCACGUUGGCGGGUCUGAAUUGCUUGAUUGGUUUACAAAGCAUCGACGGAAGGUUCGAGGACGUCGCCAUACAUGUGCAGUGGAUAGAGGCCAAGAUUGGCGAUGGCGGCCACCAAAAUAGCUCUAUCUGGGGAAUUUUGGCAUUCUUGGCAUUCACCGGUUACGUUAUAACCAUAAGCAGAAAGAGCUUUUUGCCAUAAAAUGCCUUUCGAUUUAUAUUAUGGGGGAAAUAGUAAAUUAAGACAUCCAAGGCUUAGCAGGAAUGAUUAAGUCAAGGAUUGAUGAUCUCGACUCGGGUGUUUAUCCAGCUAAACACUUUGUGGGCUACAUUGGCCGAUUUUUAAUUUUUUGUUCUAUUUAGAAUCCAAGAACUAUGUCUUCCUGAGCUGCAAAAUAUGAAAAUUUCCAAUGCUUCUUCAUAUAAUAAAACAUUUUUGUUGUAAA